AUGGCUGAUCGGCCUACAACGCCUCAAAGGCGAGGGUCAUGGACCAAGGUCGUCAUAUUUGUUUCCCUAUAUGUCUUGUUGCUCGAAUCCCUCAUCGAAUGGGUACUUGUGAUAUAUCUUUUCGUCAAUCGACAAGUCGAUUCCAAGAUGCUGCCGAGCUUGGUUCUGAUUCUCAUCGCGUCUCUCUUCACUGUUCCACUUGUGGUUUUGCAUAGCCUACUCGCGUGGCAAUACAACAGAGUCCAAGGAUUCCGGCGGCAAAAGAAGUUCUUGCACGGCGUGUGCACAUAUCUUCUGCGGCUGACAAUAAUCGUCUGGGUAGCAGCGAGUGUAGCAGGCUUGGUGGUCAUUUCGCAACAGAUCUCAUGUCUUCCGGACAGUAUGAACGGUGGUUUCUGGAAAACCGGUGUCAGCUGUGCGCUUCACAGAGCUGCCGUUAUCAUUUCAGUUCUAUCCUUUGUCACCGUCUGUCUCUAUUUCUGCUCACGCGAGCUUUGCCGCCGACCUUACGACGUGUCUCUGUUGGGCGUAUACUCGCAGCGGCAGCCAAUCCGCGGCGACAGUGUCUGUUCCCAAACAAGCUUCGACAGAGAAAGCUGCCUGACAAAUGACAUUUACUAUCUUUGUCGUGGGCCUGAUGUCACGUUCGGCACCCAGGGGGUAUAUAUACCGUCCGGCAACGACGACCUUAUGGAAAAGUCCGUUUCGCCGACUAUUCAACAUCCUCGACCGAUACGCCCAAAGUCUCAACUUCGGCUUGAUACAGACCAAGCAUGCGAAGCAGCGGAGAUCCUAUCAGGGACAACUCUUGCUUCCACAGUAUCUCGCACCCCCACUGUCGCAACCCUGAAAACAGCAAGCGAGGCUUCGUUCCAGAAUCCUCCCUGUGCGGAGCUGUCUGGCACUCCCGACGUCCCUACGAUCCCUUCUUCACUGCGACACUUGAGACAAAAGUCGUCCAUAUCAUCCCUUUGCAGGUCCCUUCUCAAAGUCCUGCCCAUAUCGAUUCCUCUGUCGGCGGAUCCUCAGAUCCGUGCCCUAGCUGAAGCUGAUCCCCGUCGGGAUAUCGAACAGCAAGCACGAGGCGACGAUGUUACUGUGAAGCAGGAGCAGACUGGGCAGUCACCAAACUCCUCGCCCAGCCAGAACCCCUCCCCCUCUACACCAAAUCGGGGUUCUGAGAUGGAAAGCUCUGUCGCAGUAGCUCAGUUGAAAGGACCUUCUCGCCCACGAUCAAUGACAGCAAACUCCGCCGAUGCUCCCGAAGUCGUGGCACCGCCAGCCACAGUUCACAGAUCCAAUACUUCAAAUACACUUCCUGCCUAUCAGCCCCAACACCCUGCUUACAUGCUCAUCCCACCAAAUCAAAUCGCCCGACGGCCGAUGGACCGACCUCCCAAUCGCCGGGUUUCCCUCAUCGAGCCUAACACGGUCGCCCGUCAGCCACCAUCACCCCCUCACCAGCAGUUCGAGCAAUACCGUACUAUGGGCCCGGCCUGGCGCCGAAACGACGUGGAAAUCAUCUAUCCCAGCACACGUAGACCGCGCAGCUCGACUUGCGGCGGGAUCGCUUCGCUGGGCCACGGACCCCUGGAUAGUAUCAGGGAGACAGGUUCGUCCGUGGACGAGGCUCGAGCGACUGCGACGCUUGAUGAUCAAGGGAGGCGCACCAUCCUCGACGGGAAUACGUACCGUGGGGCCAAUCGCACCAGUAUGCAUAGAUUUAGCUAG